AAAGAACAAGAUAUCAGUACAGCUGAAUGUAUGAUCGCUUGCUUUGAGUCACCCUGGGAUAGGAGUGUGUUUUCUAUCAGUGUGUUUCAGUGUACCUGGUGUGUGCUAUGGAGAGUCCUAAGAGGAGAAUGGCCUUUAAGAAGCUGAAAGGGAGGUGCAUCGCUGAGCUGCUGCCCUUGGGCUGUACCCUCCAUCGCUUAGCCAGCCCCCAGACGGAAGCCAACCACAAGGUGUCUCAGGCUGCCAGCAACUGUCUCAGGACCAAGGUGGCCUUCAGGACCAAGGCUGUAGUCUACUACACGGAAAUCCUGAGGAACAGCGAUGUCCAGCUCCAGCAGAUUGCCUGUCUGGCCCUCAAGUGUCUCAAAGCGAUGGAGAGCGUGGAGCAGGAGGCUGAGUUGUGGUGGUCAUCUGAUGAGGACCUGCGCAGUGCUGUUAGAGAGACCGUGCUAUCAUAUGGUUCAGGAACUUCAGUGGAUGCUCGUGCCUGCACGCCAUCACAAACACACCAGUUAUGUCCAGUUUCUGGGUUUUGUGUUUGGAUCACAGCACAUCCCGGCUUGAAAUCCCCAGCACCCCUGUAAAAUUAAGUGAAUAAGCAUGUGUGAAAAAAGUCAUCCAUAUUCACUAAGCAAUAUUUUUAUGGACAGAAUAGUCCAAUGCUAAAAUAACACCAUCAAGGAUAAAUGUCUUCUCCUGAAUUCAAUAAAACCUUUUAACUUCUCCAACAUUAGCCCAGCUGUUGAUUAUACACACAAACACACAAGUGACACAGACGAGGGCUAGUGAAAUUAACUGAUUGUGAGAUACAUCACAUUUUUUAAAAUC